AUGUCGACCGGUAUGCUUCCUUUCCCCGUCUCCCAAGACCCGAACAUUCCAAUUUCCUUCACAACAGAUUUGAGAAAAAAGCCAAACACAACCAUUACUGAGAGCAUUACUGUAUUACUGUAUCAACGGAAACCACUUCUGGGAAAUGUAUCUGAGUUUCUAGUGAAAAACCAGAGUAAGCCGCUUUCUGGGCCAGGAGCUGCUUAUGACAAUGUGAUCCCAGACACAAUUUCGAAGAUUAGCCGCGAUGAGCACCGAAACGUCCUACGAGCGCGAAAGUUCGCGAUGGACAUCGCCCUGCGUUUUGCGCAACGAAAGCAGCAAGAAAAGAACACGAAGAUGGCUGCACAGCAGCUUCAGCGACAGCGCGCUGUGGCUAUUAUGUGCAAGAUUUACGUCGGGUCGAUUUACUACGAAAUCGGAGAAGCGACGAUUCGACAGAGCUUCGAGACUUUUGGACCGGUUCGCUCGAUUGAUAUGAGCUAUGAUCAGGGAACAAAUCGUCACAAAGGCUUCUGCUUCCUCGAGUUUGAAUGUCCAGAAGCUGCGUUUCUCGCGCUGGAGCACAUGCAAUCUAUCACUAUUGGCGGGCGCGCGGUCAAGGUCGGCCGUUUGAGCAACAUUGGCCAAGUCGCUGCGCAGCACUUUAUCGCUCAGUUUGGAAACGAAGCCGCGAAGUACCAUCGUGUCUACGUCGCGAAUAUCCACGCGAAUAUCUGCGACGAUGAUAUCAAGGCUGUCUUUGAAUCCUUUGGCCGCGUUCUUAGCUGUCAGUUGGUCAAAAAUGUCGAUACCGGGCGACACAAGCACUACGGCUUCGUCGAGUACGACAACGCUCAAUCUAUGAAAGAAGCUAUCUCCGCCAUGAAUGGAUUCGAUCUUGGAGGGCAGUGCAUUCGCGUCGGCCCAUGCGUCGUGCCUCCUUCUAUGCACAAUAUUCCCACAGUCGCUCCUGGAAACGCUUCUACCGCGCUCAGUGGGGCUAAGGCUGUGCAGGAAAUGCUCAGAAAGAAGAAGAAAGAGUCUGGUGAACCUAGCCCGCCGAAGGAUUCGAUGGCGGAUGUUCUUGCAAUUAGAGAAGAGCUCAACAAGAAAGCACGAAACCCAACUUGCGACGACGACAGCGGCCAAAUGAAGAUCGCCGGCGGAGCGCAACGAAACAUGAUCAUGCGAAAGCUCAUGACGCGGCGAUCGAAUGUCAUCGUCCUCAGGAAUAUGCUGACGGCGGACGAACUCGACGAAGAGGUGGAAUCCGAGGUGACGCAAGAAUGCUCGCAAUAUGGCAGUGUUCAAAGAGUGGUGAUCUAUCAAGAAGUUGACAGAUUUGCGCCAGGAAAGAGUUUGACUUUGGAGCAUUGUCUCUAG